CUUUCUAUCAGGGAUAAUUUAGUCAACUUCGUUCUCCAAAACUGAUAAAUACCCUAUCCUGCUAUAUAAACUCAUUUAUUCAAGCGGCAGUUUCUGGCCUUUCUGUUGCAAAAAAUUGCAAAAAUUCACUAUCUUUAUUUCUUAAUCUCUUACCUGUUUUUUGUCCUCUAUUUGAUCACCCAAAAAGUUCUCUAUCCUAAAAAAGCCAGAAUAAUAAUUAUUAAAAAUUAAGCAUAAUUUAAUAAUUUAUGAGAGAUCAGCAAUAAUAAAAAUGCAAUCUUUGGGUUUGAAAGUGUUCACUGAUUUUGGGGUAGCAGCAAGAAAAUCAUGUAAUUCAAAGAAUACCAACUUAAAUGGGGUAUCGGAUUAUGAAAUGGGUACCCGAAAAAGUUGGGGUUGUUCGACCAUUGGAGGUAGAAAUGGGGGAUAUUGUAGGAUAGUGGCUUGUUCUUCGCAGAGAAAUGCUGGUGGAGAGAGUAGCCCGAGUUCAAGCCCGAUUCCUGGCCCGGUUGAGGAUCAGGGUCAGCCCGGUCUUCUUUCUCGGACUCAAACUUAUGCCAUGCUUAAGCAACAAAUGGAGGUUGCGGCCAAGUCUGAGGAUUAUAAAGAGGCCGCGAGAAUACGUGAUUCAUUGAGAUUAUUCGAAGAUGAAGAGCCAGUUUUGCGGUUGAGGAGACUUUUGAAAGAUGCUAUUGCGGAGGAGCGGUUCCAGGAUGCUGCAAGGUAUAAGGAUGAACUAAAGGAGCUCUCUCCACAUUCUCUUUUGAAGUGCUCCAGCGAUGCUACUACUUUGGGGAUUCGUGUCCAAGUUAGGAGUGUCUACAUCGAGGGACGUAGUCAACCUUCUAAAGGGCAAUCCUUUUUUGCAUAUAGGAUUAGAAUAACUAACAAUUCAGAUCGUCCUGUGCAAUUAUUGAGGCGACAUUGGAUAAUCACUGAUGCAAAUGAGAAAAUUGAGAAUGUCUGGGGUAUAGGUGUCAUUGGUGAGCAACCAGUAAUACUUCCAAAUACUGGCUUUGAAUACUCUUCUGCAUGCCCUUUAAGUACAUCUAACGGAAGAAUGGAGGGUGAUUUUGAAAUGAUUCAUAUCGACAAAGUAGGAUCAAGGACAUUCAAUGUAGCUAUUGCUCCAUUUUCGCUCUCCACACUUGGUGACGAUAGUGAUCCUUUCUGAACUGAGAGGUUCAAAAGUAAAGACUAUCAUAUAUAUAUGGAUGUUAGCUGAAGAAUUGGUCAAGUGUUCCUCACUACAUAUACUUCGUAUGAUUGAAGCCCUAUGAAGUGAUUAUGUUUAGCUUGUUGCGUUAGCCCUUGUCAUCAGAAUGAGAAGCGAAGAGUAUGUCCUCACAAGUGCUCGAACGAUGAAGCAGAAGAUCUGACCUUUGAAUGCACAAUUAUAGUCACAAUGUCGUGUAUAUGUUGUGUUAAAGGAAGUUUUACGGUUUAUAUUAGUAAUAUUGUCAUCUCUUUAAGACUUUCCUUGUAAAUUGUAAUUACAUAGAAGUGCUAUUUAGAUAUGACUGUUUACAAAUCACAAAAGUUAACCGAUCAUACCUCUGCCCUAAAGUAGUAAAGUAUAUAGUACUCCAUAUUAAUAUUGAAUGCCCUGUAAUAUAAUUAAAAAAGGUUUGCAAAAUAUAA